GAGAAGCAGCGGCAGCGACAGAAGCGGUGGCAACGGCGGCAGAAGUAUAGAAGCGGCGGCAGCGGCAGAGGCGGUGCUCGGGUCUCGACCGUUAAUCUCAUCAGGACGCAUUCAGGCAGUUAAAGAAGUGGUGAUGAUGCUCCAUAUUGAAAUGUUAACGCCACCAGCCUCCUCCUUCACAGUAGAAACGCCGGAGCUGCAAUGAAGACAGGGGCCUCGUCCAUGUGGGCUUCAUGCUGUGGUCUGCUGAAUGACGUCAUGGGCACCGGGGCGGUCAGAGGUCAGCAGGCGGGGUUCGGGGCCGGGGCGGGACCCUUCAGAUUCGCCCCCAGCGCCGGGUACUCCACGUACCCCCCCAGCAGCUCAGGGAGCCCCAGUCCGCUGUGCAAGGCCUGCGGCCAGGCCUUCUCCGUCUUCAGGAGGAAGUAUAUGUGCACUGACUGCAGGAAGGGAUUCUGCUCCGUGUGUUCGGAGCUCCAGGAUAACCUCCGCCUGUGCUCAGUGUGUCGGUUGCUACGGGCGACGGCGUUCCAGCGCCCGCGGCUGAUGCGUCUGCGGGUGCGAGAGCUGCGUCAGUACCUGCUGCUACGCAACGUCUCCACGGAAACCUGCAGGGAGAAGGAGGACCUGGUGGAGCUGGUGCUGUGUCACCACGGCAACCAGGACGAGGACGCGGGCUCGCCCUCGCCGUCCGCCGUGCGCUCGCCCGCCUCGCAGGGCCAGCCAAUCAGCCGCAGCGACAGCUCUGACACCAACCAGGACUCAGGUGACGCUACGUCUGUGUCUCUGCUGAACCUGGACGCCGGCGAACGCACUCCGGAGGUCAGUCCUCCGACGCGGCGCCGAGCCUCUCUGUCGGACGUCUCCAGUCUCCGAGACGUGGAGGAUCUGUCCGUCCGCCAGCUGAAGGAGAUCCUGGCCAGGAACUUCGUCAACUACUCGGGCUGCUGUGAGAAGUGGGAGCUGGUGGAGCGCGUGGGCCGCCUGUACCGGGAGACCCAGGACAACCGGAGAUCACGGGAGAAUGUGAGCAGUACUGUAACCUCAGACGUGGCCCCCCCCCCUCCUCUCUGCAACGGAGCCGUGGCCGACGGUGAGAAGAGUCCUCUGGAGCUCCAUGACGACGGUCUCUGCCGUAUCUGCAUGGACGGUGUGAUCGACUGCGUCCUGCUGGAAUGCGGUCACAUGGUCACCUGCACCAAGUGCGGCAAGAGGAUGAACGAGUGUCCCAUCUGCCGGCAGUACGUGGUCCGCGCCGUGCACGUCUUCAAGUCCUAACGCCACACACACACACACACACACACACACACACACACACACACACACACACACACACACACACACACACACACACACACAUCCCCCAAAAAACUCUGAUCCUGUGGAUGCUCCAACUGAUUGCACAUUGAAGUAUUAUGAACAGAGUUUCUACGGGGUUACAUAUGUCUCAUUAUGUGUGAACAUCUCUGUGUGAAUGUGUAAUCUGUAAAUAUUAACCCGCCUGUUGUCUUCCCCGUUGACCAUGAUGCAACUUUUAGUUUUUCUGGGUCAAAAUGUAAAAAGAAAUUCCAACAUUUUGGUCGUCUUUUUCGACACUUGUGUCACUUUUUUCGAAGUU